GAGAGGUUCCCUGGUUGCGCGGUUUGAACGGUGAACACAGGUGCCUGCCAGCAAGGAGCCCAGAGGCUCCACAUCCAAGGCACCGGAAAGCUUUGAUUACGCGUGCGUUCCCAGUUGGAUCGGAGAGGGAUGUUGCCCAGUGUCCCUCUCAUCAUCUCCACUGUGUCAUUUGGUUUUUAGAGAUGCGGCGCAGGUUGUGCCAACCUCACAUCUUUGCAACGCGGUAAACUUCACGGGAUAAGGAGAGCAAUUUAAAGUGCCAAAAGAGACAGAGAAGUUUAUUCACUGAAAAAAUGUCUACGACGCACCUUAGCCCCUCGGCGCCCAACCAGAGCUACCUUUCCACGGCCACCUACGAGAAGACAGACCCGUCGGAGGUUGAGAGGCAAAUCCAUCGGCUGCUUUUCGGGUUGUGCGUAAUAAUCGCCGCUGCUACCUUUAUCGGAGGUGUGUAUUCGCUGCUCUCCCUCCUCCGGAUGAGGAGAAAAACCUCCCUGUGUCUCAUCGUGGCUUCCAUGUCGGUGGACGACCUGCUCAGUGUGGUCCCUCUCUCCUUGUUCAUGCUCAUACAGUGGGAGACAGAUGGAGGUGGAGGGUCGGGCAGCCUGUGCACUUUAUCUGGACUUCUGUACGUGUUCCAGGGUGUUUCUAGCAAUAUGAAGGCUUGCCUCAUAGCAGCCUACACUUUUUAUGUCACCAAGAGAUUUGGAGUGCUUCAGUCUGUCCGCCGGCCCCUGAGAGUGAUGUGGGCCAUCGCCGGUGUGUGGGCGGUCAGCCUCGCCGUGAGCGUGUUGCCUCUGUGCGGAUGGGGCAGCUUUACGCCGGCCUCUCUCGGGUGUUUCCCAGAGAGCGACAGUUUUUACAUCGUGCUGCUUUUCACUUUAUACUCCAUGUGUUUCUGCGGCUUGCUGUUUUUCUUUAUCCCUCUCACCUACCAGCUGCUGUGCUCCAGAGAGCCCCAGAGGACUUUACUGUACCCCAGCUAUUUGGAGAUGGCGAGGGGACUGAGCGGCUCCGCGCCCCUCUGUGAUCUUCCCUCCUUUUCCCGGGACAUUCUCAACAAAAGUUUCGGGGUCUACAACGAGCUGAGCCCAAGUUCAUGCGGGACGGAGCUCAGGGAGAAAGAGGACAGCGGGCUGUCCCCAGUGUCUGUCAGCGGGCAGAGGACAGCUGCUGUCGGGGACACACCAGUUGUGUUUGCACAGAAGCGCUUCUCCAUGAUCCUGGCGGUUGUCCGAGUGAUUUUAUGGAUGCCAAUGAUGACUUUGGUGCUGGUGCGCCAUGCAGUGAAUGCACGCAGCUCGUCCCUGGAGACCCUAAGCUUCUUUCUCACUCUGCUUGCCCCCGCGGUCACUCCAUUAUUCGUGCUUUCUGAGCGCUGGAUCCACAUGCCGUGCGGCUGCUUCAUUAACUGCAAGCGGGACCCAGCGCAGGAACCCUCAGUGAUGAAAAGACGAUUUGAGUUCAACCUUUCCUUCCAACAAGGCUAUGGAGUCUACAAAUUGUCACAUGCCACCAUGUCUCAGAACAGUCCACCCCUUGAGAAGCCGGCCUACCACAGCCUCUUUAACUGUGACUUCCCAAACGCUCGCCUUGAUGCACUAGAAAGUGGUGGGCUCCCCAGACUGGGGCCCGAUUUUGAUUUCAGCACCACCUGCCCUGUGGACAGCUCCUCUCAUGCAGACCUUCUGUUGGAGGCGGUGGCCGGUGGAGGAGAGGCUCUGGCCGACUGUCCUUCACUCCCUCACGAGAGCCAUGGAGAUGACGAUGACUUCCGCUGCGUCCCCUCCCUGCCUUCUCAUCACCGGGAGCAGGAUCACAAUCUCACUGACACGUCAUCUGUGUUCGAGGGCCCUGAGAGGAGGCUGUCGCACGAGGAGUGUCGGAAAAUCGAGCUGACGGACUGGGAGUGGUGCAGGAGUAAAUCAGAGAGAACACCCAGACAGAGGUCAUCAGGUGGUCUGUCAGUCCCACUGUGUGCCUUUCAGGGCACUGUAUCUCUGCAAGCGCCCACAGGCAAGACGCUCUCUCUUUCCACCUAUGAGGUCAGCAGUGAUGGACUCAAGAUCUCCCCCAACAACGCCAAGAAGGUGGAAGUGUAUCGCUCCAAAUCAGUCGGCCACGAGCCCAGUGCAGACGACGCCGCGUCUGGAGGCCAGGCUGGAGACGUGAACGUCAGCAGCAUAGGGAUGGGCAUGGAGAUUGGUAUGGGGAUGGGCAUAGGAGCAGGUGUGGGUGACACCAACGUCAAGAUCCACCUCGAGGUUCUGGAGAUCUGUGACAACGAGGAGGCCAUGGACAGCGUCUCCAUCAUCUCCAACAUCAGCCAGUCCUCCACGCACGCCCGCUCGCCGUCGCUGCGCUACUCGCGAAGGGAGAACCGCUUUGUCUCCUGCGACCUGGGCGAGACGGCCUCCUACUCCCUGCUCAUCCCCAGCAGUGGCAACCAGGAGGCGGAGACCAUCAAUAUCACUAUACCUGACACUGUGGAGGCUCACCGGCAGAACAGCCGACGGCAGACGCAGGAGAGCUCAGGGUAUCAGGAGGAGAUACAGCUGCUCAAUGAGGCCUACAGAAAGCAAGCAGGGGAGAGGGAGGAGUGACAUACAUACAGGAUAACAAGAAGGUGUCUCUCAGGAGGAGAGCGACUCUGACAGCAAAGGAUGAAAGACAAAUUUCCUAAUCUUUCCACAUUUACUUCUUUCUGAUCACCGCCCGAACAGAACUGACAGGUGACCCAAAUAGAGACUUAGCUUAAGACUGCCAUAAUAGUGUUUGCCUACUCUUGUACUUCCUCAUAAGAUAGCAUCAUGAGAGCACAUGCAUCACCUGUCUGUAGAGUACAUAGAGACAGAUUAGCCUCUAAAAGAAGAGAGAUGGCAGUGAGCUGGGGUAAAUAAAAGACAGAGAGGGGGAGACAAAGGAAAGGAAAGGAAAGGAAAGGUAGGAGAGAGCACACAGCAUCUGUAUUUCUUCAAGACCUUCACCACAUGGCAAUCUGUCACAUAUCUAAAAUAGAUACAGCAGGCGAGAAAUUCACUUAGAUGUGGAAAAGGAGGAGUCUGAUAUGAAGCUGUUCCUGUAGACUGCGUCACUGGUGACUCAGCCGUGAGGGGAGGGGUCACCUGACCCAUGUGUCUGACUCAUCGCAGUGUGUGUUGUGCUUUUUUUUGUGUGUGUGUGUGAGAAGUGGCCUUGUCCGUAAGGAUGAGGGUAUGAGAGUAAUGGUUUGUGAUGUCAGCCACCGAAAGUAUUCACAUGUUUCCUAUAUCCAAAUGUAUUUAUAUCUGCAUUUAUUUCUUUUAAAUGUGUUUUUUUCCUUUGCAUCCAGGUGCUCUAUCCGUUAUGUAUUUACACAGUUAAUGUCAAGUCAAAUCAUGGUGAAAAUCUAAAGCAGGAGAAGAGAAAGGGAAGGAGAGAUCAAGCUUUUGAUUGAAGAAGAGGGCGAGGGGAUAGUUAUGCAGAACUGUUUCCUGCCUCAUGCACAUUUAGUGCAAUUUAAAUGAGUGACAGUGUGCAUAUUUUACUACAGUAGGCAGCAUAUGAAUGUACAUUUCAGAGCCACUUUAGAGGAUCAUUUCUCUGCCUGCUCAGUUCACUGCCCAUCCAAUCAGUGAGCCAUCGGGGCCUCUCACUUUCUAUCAGAAACAUGCAUAAAUUCAGGACUGGGAUACAAUUUUCAAACAUAGUAUUUUAGUUUUUGAAUGGCUACAUCGACUGUGAACAUCUGUCAGAGCAUAUAGAUCUUGAUUCACAUUAUGUCCAUGACUGAUAUGCACAUUUACAUGUACAUGUGUGUAUACAAAUGCAGUAACGUGUAAAAAAUAAGUAUUUCCGAUUAUCUUUAGAAUAUAUAUUUAUUUAAGUUUGUUUUAUGAUGGUUUCCCUUGCUGUCAGCCAUUUGGUUGUUUGAUCUUCAACGCAACAUCGGCACUUUGCAGACUUCAUUUGCCAGCUUUCGAAUUGUCCUUUAGCGAGUCCACCUCAUCAGUUGCGGCAUGUUCCAUCCUCCUGAAGAACGCUGUCAUUAAAGAUUCAUACCAGAAAAUUGCCUCCAACUGGAUUGCAAUGCAUUUCUAUUUCGAAAGCUCCCAGGCAAAAUGUUAAGAAAAUAAUGUACAGGCAUAUGAAUCAUAAUGAAUGUAAAGUUGUAUUCAUUGUCAACCAUUUCAGCUGUUAAUGGUGCCAAAGGUUUUCAGCUGAGCACAGCUCGAGCUCUGCGGCAGCAGAGUGGAAGUAAUUCGAUCAUCUGCUUAUUCUCAGUUUUAAACAGGAGCACAGUUCAGCCUCUGGUCAAGCGUUCUCAUAAACCAUUGUGAUCAAUAAACUGGUUUUUGCCAUGUUUGUGAACAACUAGGAAUUACAUAAGCUGUAAGUGUUUGCUGUCAUGUUACCGAUCUGGACUGAUUCAGUGACACACAAACUACUCAAAUGGGAUUCUUUAUUACAUAAUAAAAGCAAAUAAA